AACAGCAGCUGUUCCACACAAAAAAAGAACUUGGAAAGCUGUUUCCGUAUCUUGGCUGGCCAGCUGCUGGCGGGAUGAAUGAUGCAGAAGAUCUCCAUCGUUUCUUAUGAUAUGAUAUUAAUAUUGUAGUAGAUUUAUUAACACUAACUUUGGAUAUCACAAUGCAGACCCUUACACCGCACGUGUAUUGGGCACAGCGUCAUGGAGAGAUCUAUUUGCGUGUGGAGCUGAGCGACGCUAAGAAUCUUGAUAUCUGCGUGGAAGGCAACACCCUGCAAUUCAAAGCACAUGGCCAUGGAGCCAAAGGAGAUAAUGACUAUGAAUUCAGUCUGGAAUUCCUGCAGCCAGUAAAGCCAGAGGUGACUCACCGGUCAACCCAGCGCCUGGUAAACAUUACACUGAGGAAGCAGGAGGAGUGCUGGUGGGACAGACUCACUCUGCAGGAAAGGAAACCACUGUUUCUGGCGCCAGACUUUGAUCGGUGGCUCGACGAAUCAGACGCAGAGAUGGAGCUUCAUGCUCAGGAAGAGGAGAUCAUUAACCGAGUGAGCAUUGAGUCGAAGAUCCAUAAAGACCCAUACUUGGCCCUGAAAAAGGGAUAUCUGUUCAUGUACAACCUGGUCCAGUUCCUAGGUUUCUCUUGGAUCUUUGUCAACAUGACUGUCCGCCUCUUCAUCCUGGGACAAGACUCCUUCUACGACACGUUUCACACCAUUGCUGACAUGAUGUACUUCUGUCAGAUGAUGGCGGCGGCUGAGGUGAUUAACCCUCUACUUGGUUUGGUCAAGACAGGAGUCUUCCCAGCUAUGAUCCAGGUGGUGGGGAGGAACGUCAUCCUGUUCGUGGUCUUUGGCAGCCUGCAGGACAUGCAGAACAAAGCUGUGGUCUUCUUUGUCUUCUAUCUCUGGAGCAGCAUAGAGAUCUUCAGGUACCCUUUCUACAUGCUGGCCUGUAUUGACACAGAAUGGAAGCUACUGACCUGGGUCAGAUACACCAUCUGGAUUCCCCUCUACCCUCUGGGGACCCUAGCAGAGGCUGUUGCUGUGAUCCAGUCCAUGCCUGUCUUCGAUGAGACCCGUCUGUACAGUGUCCCUCUACCCCAGGUCCUGGGCUCGUCCUUCAGCUUUUCUUACACAUUGAAGCUCUACCUUGCACUAAUGUUCCUCGGCCUUUUCAUCAACUUCCGGCACCUUUUCCGCCAGAGGAGGCGGCGAUUCCGCUCCCGGAAGAGGAAGAUGAACUGAGGGUCCGAAAGACAAGCCUCUGGACUACGGCCUCCACCUGCCCCUCCUCCUCACCUCCCCUUCGCUCCUCCCCUCCUUCGCUGCUCCCCUCCUGCUCUCCUCCCCUUCUAUCCAACCCCCUCCGGUCUUUUCACUGAUUAAUUGUCAACCAUAACCUCCUCAGCGCCUUAUAGGUCAAAUAGGCAGCUGCCUGGGUCCCCAGGACGCUACAGUCCAGUUUUGUCCGUCAACCGCAGUCUGUCCCGUCAAAUGGAAACAGUGUUUCCAUUGGUAGUGAGUCUAGCCAGCUUUCUUAGCCCUGUAGUAAUAAUCGCUCUAUAAUGAGCACCGGCUAAAAACAUGGUCCUGAUGUCCAGAUAUUGCAUUAAACACGGUUAAUGCCACGGCGAGUUGUGUAGAAUUGCUUCAAAUUGCAUUUAGGAAAUAUAUCUCGGCCCCUUGGCAAACUGUAAUGAACUGAAGAGGAUUUGCUGUCAAGUAGCAGAUGUUUUCUGUGAUUUGGCGAAAAUGAAUUGGCUUGCAUUAAGUAUUUAAUGAAAGGCUGUCUCGGCCCCCUGGCAAAAUGUGGAUAACUGCAGAACAUCGUUUUUUUCGCCACCGCACCAUUUCAUCUACAUGACGUUCUGAAACCGUUAGGAGAGGUGGGCCAUUGAUAUUGUGCCCAGUGAAUCAGGGUCCCUUCCAACAGACUUUACCACACACACACACACACCACAACUGUCCCUGCUCCUUCCUUCCUCUUCGUUCCCCAUUCUGUCCGUCUGACACAAGUGCAUUAAUAUGUCACACACCUGUAAUGAUGUAGGUCAGGGGUGGGCAGCCAUGUUCCUGGAGGCCUGAAGGCGCUGCAUGAUUUUGUUCCAACCUGGCAGCCCACCUGACCAUCAGGGCUAAUUGAUCAGUUCAUUGAUUGCUUGGAUUGAGCACCUGCUGCCUGUUCUUCCAGGUUGGUUAAAUCUAUAAUGUGGAGUGGCUUUUCCAGGACCGGGAUGGCCACCCUCUGAUUUAUAUACGUCAUAUGUACUGUACUAUUUAUCCGAGCCAUAUUAUUAUAAACUGUUCUGUCCACAGCGCACACACUAUUAUGUAUUUUAUAAACACCUUUUUGGAGCAGUAAUCUUAAUUCAACACGUACCUGCCUUUUUUGUUUUUUAAUCUGAAAGUGAACUGAAACUGCCCAUUUUAUUUCAGGAGGGGCACUUUCAUAUCAGUAUUUGAUUUUCAACACACUUUCUUGGCUGAAUAUGAAAGUGAAUUGACCCUUAUCUCUCUCAUGUAACAGUCUCACAGAGCGGCACUCUCGUUUGACAUGACAUUUUUUCAUCAUCCUGCCCAAUGCUUUACUUUGAUUAAGUUUAACUGAUGUGUGCCAACAGUGUUUUCCUUAAGUAUAGAUUCAGACUGCAUUCUGGGGCGCAAGCUGUUGUGUUCUCAAGUGAUGUUAUGCUCCCCUUGAAAUCUACAAACCCAUUCCCUCAUCCUUGAUGAAUGUUCAAAGGCUGAUUGAUGCCAUGUUUUGAGAACCUGCCAGAGCCUAGAACCUCAGGGAAAUAGACAUUGAUAGACUUGAGGAAGGAGAGAACUGUCUGCAAUCAUGUGUUUUAUUAACUGGAUUGGAGGGGUUAAAGGGUAAAUUACGAUGUGGGAUAUUAUUAUAAACAAUAAAUUUGUGUGAAAAG